AAUUGGGUUAUUACGCGAAAAGUCCGUAGCGGAUAACAGUCGAUUAGAUAGGCCUUUUCAUCGAUUACCAGAAAGAGGGUUCACAAACCUUCCCAGUGAGCUCAAGCUCCGAACCUAUGAACAAUGGCUUCUUCAAUCACAGCUUCUUUUCAAACCGGCAACUUGAGAUCUGUAUUUCUGGGUGAAAGAAAUGGGAUAUAUGUUUCCAGUGUUCCUGUCACUUGUGCUGGUUUUAUGAGGAAGACUGUGGAAUGCAAAGAAUCGAGAAUUGGGAAGCAACCAAUUGAAGUUCCAUCCAAUGUGACAAUCACAAUGGAAAGUCAGGGUUUGAAAGUAAAGGGUCCUCUUGGGCAGCUUUCAAUUGCUUAUCCACGAGAAGUAAAGGUUGAGAGGGAGGAGUCAGGCCUUCUUAGGGUUAGAAAGGCAGUGGAAACGAGAAGGGCCAACCAAAUGCAUGGCCUAUUCAGGACUCUUACCGAUAACAUGGUGGUGGGUGUAUCUAAAGGAUUUGAGAAGAGACUUCAAUUGAUUGGUGUAGGAUAUCGUGCAAUGUUGGAAGGAAAGGUCUUGGUGUUAAAUCUCGGGUUCUCUCAUCCAGUUAGAAUGGAAAUUCCAGCUGGCAUACAAGUGAAGGUGGAAGACAACACCAGAAUCGUAGUAAGUGGAUAUGACAAGGCUGCCAUUGGUCAAUUUGCUGCUUCAAUUAGGAAAUGGAGACCCCCCGAACCUUACAAAGGUAAAGGUGUGAAAUAUGCUGAUGAAGUAGUACGAAGAAAGGAGGGCAAAGCUGGGAAGAAGAAGUAGAUAUAGAUGUUAUUGCCAUUGUUACAUUUUUGUCUGCUCAUCAUGCUUGUCAAUCUGCAUAGGCAGUAUCAGAUAUAUACUGACUUGACAAUUAAGCUUAUCGGUAUAUUUAUUGGUUAAUUCAUUUUAAUUA